AUGACGGGACCUCACUAUAUUUCCAAUGAAACAUCCCAACAUACCUUAUUAUCUCAUUCUGAUUAUACUUGGGAAUAUGAAUAUUAUGAAUAUGGCCCAGUUUCCUUUGAAGACCUCAAGGCUCACAAAUAUUCCAUCGUGAUUGGAUUUUGGGUCGGCCUUGCUGUCUUUGUUAUUUUUAUGUUCUUCGUGCUGACCUGGCUGACCAAGACUGGAGUACCACACCAAGAGCGCAUAAACUCUUCCGAGAAAAAACUCCGCACAAACAGCUUUGUAGCUGACUUUGGGCAACCCCUGGAUUCCGAGCGAAUUUUUUCUCAGCAGCUGUUUCUCCAUUGCUACAUCAAUGAACUUGAGGACACAGAUAGAACCAAGCAGUGUCACAAGGUGCCAGUUAUGGACACUAGCAUCCACUUCCAAGAAGUAAUCGAGAACAGUGGACGACUGGAAGAGGAGCCGAACUGCCAUACGAAAUUCAACAUUCCUAACUUUGUGAAUUACGAUUCUCUGGGAGAAGAUGACUUGUUAAUUUCUGAGCCGUCUAUCAUUUUGGAGAACAAACCAGUGAGUCAAGUCACUUGCCAGAUUCUUGACUAA